GUUUUUCAAAUCAAUUGCUACGUCAAUUUCCUCCGCUGGAUUUCCGAACCCCGCCAUGGAAAACUGUUCAUCAGCAACAACAAUUGAAGAUCUUGUCGACAAGUUAUUGAUUGAGAUUUUUGUUCGCCUUCCCUGUUAUGAAUCUGUAAUUACCUCCAAAUUUGUAUCUAAACGUUGGUUAUCUCUGCUAUCAAACCCUAAGUUUGUGAUUCAAUUCCUCAAUCACAAGAACAAUCUGCGGAAAAAACUCCCUUUACAGCAGCAACAGCUUCCAUGGAGCUUUCUGUGCACAACGCAACUGAAAACCAUAACCAAUGAUGAUGAAUCCCCAAAUCAUAAGGUAUUCAACUCUCCUAAAUUCUCCCUGAAUUUCCUUCCUUUUCAAUUUAAAGUUGUUUCGACAUUCAAGGACUUGGUGUUAGUGUUAUGCUUGAGAGAAGAUGGUAUUAAUAAUAAUCAUAGUCAUAAUUACAUAAUAUGUAACCCAUUUACAAAGCAAUGGGUUGUUCUUCCCCCAACUCCAUCCCCAAUUAAUCACGCCCUUUCCUGGGCUGCUUUGAUUUGUGAAGAUCCUAAUUAUAAUGAAGUUGAAGAACGCAUCGAUUACAGGUUUAGGGUUGUGGUACUUCAUCCUAAACCUAAUAUUCUCUACACCAAAGAAGACGACCCUUUCAGCAUUCUAAACUUGAUGGUUUUCUGUUCUGAGGAUUAUCAAUGGAAAAAUGCCAAUCUUAGAAUUCCAUUGACUCUGCGUAAAUGCAGUUGCAGUUGCAGUUUUAGUUGUUGUGGUUACACUGAGCGUUUGCAUUUUGAAGGUGUGGUUUGUAAAGGAAUGGUUUGUCUUUGCCAUAAUCUGUAUUUUGGGAUGUUUGAUCCAUUCAAGGUUACUACUACUCCUACUACAAUUGAAGCCAUACUUCUACCAUUACCAGAUUCACGAGGAAGACUGCUUGAAUGUGGAGGGAGAUUGAUUUCAGUCUAUGACAAAUCUAAACCGAUUUAUAGUGAUGAUAAUAAAAAGGGCAUGGUUGUGACAAUUCAUUACAUUGAGCUUGAUCUCAAUCAAUUUAUUGAGAAUACUAAUAAUGAUCUGUUGUUACCAGGUUUGUGGAAGGGGAUCAGAAAUAGGUGUGUUGAUAAUUCUGGAUCAAUUUCAGUAAUGGGUAGAACUCGUAGGAUCGGAUUACACCCUUGCAAUACGCAAUUGUUUUAUAUGUCAACUGGUGGGAAUAAGAAUAAGUUGGUUUUGUGUGAUAAAAGGUCAUCUUGUGUGAAGAUUUUAGGCGAAUUGCAUCCAGAUUGUUUAGAUUCUUCCAAGAUAAUUGAGCUUCAAUACUGGCCUACGCCUGUUCCGGUUCCUACAUUCCCCAGAUGACUAUGUUGUUUAUCACAUUUGCUGGUACUGCUUUAGUACUGCACAAUGGUAGUAUUGUUAUUGUGUUUCCAACUGUUAUUGUUGCUCUGCCAGCAUAAGUAUGUACAUGUUAACCACAUCAGUAUUUCACUUAAAAAGCUCGUUUGGUAGCCGGACAUAAAUGGUGUCAAUGGAAAUGAAUUUGUAAGGAAAAUCAAUAUCCAUUCUCGUGGUAAAUGUUAGUUCACUUGAAAUCAAUGUUUUUUCUUCAUAAAUUUCCAUGGACUUAUGAUGUGUUUCUUGCCAAAUAACACUUAGUUUUAUUCUCAUUCUCACCCUUUAUUAUCGACUAGACAACUACCAAACGGGGCCGUAAGGGUUUCACUGAAAUCACAUAGACAAAAUUUCAAUAACAAGUUCUUUGAGUCACUUAUGGUUUAACUGUUUAAGGAUUCCGAUAACUGGUCAUGUUGAGACUUGAGCGUAGGCCUUUUAUGGGUUAGGUUUGUUAGGGAAUGAUUUGUGUUUGCCAUAAUAGAUAUUCCGGGAUGUUAAUUCGAUCCAUUUCUAUGUUAAUCAAUCCUAAUCAAUAUCAAACCUAAUCAAUUCCGGGAAUUAAUCCAGUUGGUAAAUUCCGGGAUGUUAAUCAAUUCAGUUGGUAAAAUUUUAAUUUAGGAGUAACGUUACUCCUAAAUUAAAAUUUUAGAAUGUGGAGGGAGAUUGAUUUCAAUCAAACCAACCCCUAAUACUUUUUUGGGAUGUACUGUUUAAGGAUCAAAAGGGUAUUGUUGUACAACUUGUACUUAAUUAAAGCUUUUAUUCAUAAUGUCACUCCUGUUUUUGUUUUUGGUUCUUGCCAUUCAAUUUCUAUUACUUCAGAUUAGAAGAAAUCUGUUUAUAUAUUCAGAUUCUGUUUAUGGGUGGGUGGUUAUUAUUGACUUCUUUCUAUGUUUUCCAACUGUUAUUGUUGAUCAUACUCCUAUGUGUUUUACAAAAUCUAUCUUGCACUGGUACAUAGGCACAUUUCGAGGUGUGUUGUUCAAUAGAAUGUAGAAUGGUGGUUAUAACAAUAUUUUAGUUGUGUUAUUUGAAUCAUCUAGAGUAGAGUUUGUUAAUCAAUGCAAUGGCAAAGAAGAAAACACGAGACCAAUAACAUACCUACUUCAUCCCACAUUUUUAAUCUUAGCUGGUUGUAUGUUACAUCUAGUCUAGCAAAAAAUGUCGAAGUUCAGCCACAUAAACUGAACCAUUCUGACCUAAUUUUAUGUUUUUUAGAACAUCAUAAUCCAAAACCAAAAAUCUUUGAUGCUGCAGAACAUAAUUCAAGAGAAACAUCUGAGAAAAAUUAGCAAAAAAGCCUCCUUUUCUUUACUGUAAAAGUGACUGACUCACUGGUAUUGACAAUAUACAUUCUACUAACUACGGAGUACUCCGUAAAUAAUACGGAGUACGAAGUAAGAGUACAUUUUCAUACUCCGUAGCAUCAGAGACUGAGAGGCAAGGUAUUGCAGAUUUGCAGCAAUCAUACUCUUAAAGAUGGCCGUGGGCCUGGCCGACAUGAGGCCCGACCUGACCCGACACAAAAGCAUAGCCCGGAACGAAGUCAUGGGCCGUGGAUCGGGCCUGAAUUGCAUAUUUUUUGGGGAAAAGCACGAGAAGGCACAUCACGAUUUGACUAGACCCGACAAAGCACAUUGACUUUAGUAAAAUUAGGCUUAGGUCAGCCUGAUCCAGGCCGACUUGAGGGCCCCUGGGCCUGGGACGGGCCUUAUAUAGAGUGUGUUUAGUGUGGACUUGGCCCGUUUAGGCCUACGGCCCAUGGGAUCGACUGAAGCCCGGCCCACAACCAUCUUUAUAUACUCUCUAUCUGGUGAGUAAAUUCAAAAAUUUGAUAUGAAUCAAACUUUGUUAGUAGUACUUCUUAAUUACUCCGUACUAUUUUAUUUUUUAAUAGAGUUGAAUUCACGUA